GAGGUGGAGGAGGUGGCGGUGGUGGAGGACGCGGUGCAGGCGGAGGAGAAAAAGGUGGAGAAAGGGGAGGAGGAGAGGAACGGAAACGGAAGAGGAAACGAUCGAGACGCUACGAUCAGAUCCUUCGUGGAAAACAUGACACAGCAAAGCGGCGCUGGGUCGCCCCAGCAAUUUUGCCUCAGGUGGAACAACUACCAGACGAAUCUGACCAACGUGUUCGAUCAGCUGCUACAGAGCGAGAGCUUCGUCGACGUGACGUUGGCCUGCGACGGACACAGCGUGAAAGCUCACAAGAUGGUGCUAUCCGCCUGCAGCCCGUACUUCCAGGCGCUUUUCUUCGACAAUCCUUGCCAACAUCCUAUCGUCAUCAUGAAGGACAUCAAAUGGCCGGAACUGAAGGCCGCCGUAGAGUUCAUGUACAAAGGAGAGAUAAACGUGUCGCAAGAGCAAAUCGGGCCGCUGUUGAAGGUCGCGGAGAGUCUCAAGAUCCGCGGCCUGGCCGACGUAAACAACGAGCAAGAGCUAACGUCGAGAUCGAGCUUGGAGGAAGCGGCGAACGCGGCAGCGAUGCACAGAAAGAAACGACGUCGAACGUCGGACGAGAGAUCGCCGCCGCCGGCCUGCAGCCCAGACCGGGUCGCCUCCGGAAGCAUCCCCGAUGAUCAAGAUCCGAGCCAAGGCGGCGGAGGCGUGAUCGUACCACCUGACAUUCACGGCAUGCUGCCCAGCAGCUCGACUCCGCGAUCCCUCGGAUCUCCCGGAACUCCCAACGUCUCUGUCACGCCGCAGAUCAACCUCCAGGAACUUCCGGUAUCGCUGCCCCUGCCGCCACCGCCACCGCCGCCCCCUCAGCCCGGCCAGCAGAGCUCGCACUCGAUAUCCGCUCACCACGUGCCUGGCCACGUGACUUCCGGUCCCCACGCCUCCGUCAACCACCUGACCGUACACGGCCAACAGCUCUCCGUUCAGCAGCAGCAACAGCAACAGCAACAACAGCAGCAGCAGCAGCAGCAACAGCAACACCAUCAGCAAGGCGCAGCCGGUCAACCGACUCCCGGGGACGAUCUCGAGAUAAAGCCUGGCAUCGCCGAGAUGAUUCGCGAGGAGGAAAGGGCCAAGUUGUUGGAGUCGUCCCACGCUUGGCUCGGAGCCUCCACGUCCAGUAUAGCAGACAGCUACCAGUAUCAGCUGCAAUCGAUGUGGCAGAAAUGCUGGAACACCAAUCAGAGCCUGGUGCACAAUCUGCGCUUUCGAGAACGCGGCCCGCUCAAGUCCUGGCGACCAGAAACCAUGGCGGAGGCGAUCUUCAGCGUACUGAAAGAAGGAUUGUCCUUGAGUCAAGCAGCAAGAAAAUACGACAUCCCAUACCCGACCUUCGUAUUGUACGCGAAUCGAGUACACAAUAUGCUGGGUCCGAGUGCUGAUGGAGGAGCCGAUCUUCGUCCGAAAGGCAGAGGCAGACCGCAAAGGAUUCUGUUGGGUGUUUGGCCCGACGAGCACAUUCGCGGUGUGAUUCGAGCCGUGGUGUUCCGCGAUGGACACUCGCCGCACAUGGUGAAGGAAGAGCCGACUUCGAUGUAUCCGAGUUUGGCAAAUUACGCGGCUUGCAACGGUCCCGAAGGCGCGGUCAGCCCCGGAGCGGCAGCCGCGGCCGCGGUUGCUGCGGUCGCUCAAGGACUGCGACAUCAAAUGUGCAGCAUGGUAGCGGCGGCGCACUCGCAGCAACACGAUAUGAUGGCGACAAAUCUGUCUACGAAUCUGUCGACGAGCCUCUCGUCGAAUCUACAAGCAGCGAUGCAAGCCAGUCAGCAUCACCACAACAGCAACAACAGCGGUACACCGGUUAUCGGGAGUAACAACGGUAGCGGCGGAGGCGGCGGGAAUAACGGAAACUCGCCGCUAAAUUUGGGCUUGGCCAGUCCAGGCUCCGGCGGCCCACCAGAGAGCCCGAUGGAGAGUCCUCUGGCGAGUCCUCUCGGCCCUCUGAUGGAUCCUGGACACAUACCUAGCAGCGUGGAAGUCGGGAUCGGCGUGAGUGGUAUGACGUACAAGCCGGCGCGAAGCUUCGUCAGCCCACGACCGGAGAAUCUCUUCCAGGAGGACAUCGCGGAUCUCGUAAAGAGUCCUCACGGACUCAAGGACAAAGACAAAAUUCCCGUUAAGCUGGAGCCGCUAACCGACUCGCGUUGCGAAUAGUAAGCGCGACAAGCUCGAAAUCGAACGAGCUGAUCGUUGCCCGUUGGAUCGGCAGAACAGCGUCUCACUUCCAUCGGGAUCCUAACAAAAGGCUUCUCGUCGACGCUUCUCGCAGAAGCGAAUCUGCGAGGAGGCGACGCUCGCUGUACGGAUUAUUCGAAAGUAUAACCGCGGUGAUCGAUUCGUCGGAGCGCGAUCGCGUAAUCGACACGGCGGCGGCGAAUCGAGCGCCGUGCUUCCAGCCUCGAACGGUCCGUAUUCCGACCAUUCGUCCUCGCGACGAUACCGCAGUAUACCAGAGCGAUCUCGCGCGAAGAUCGUUCGAGUUUUACAAUCAAAACGGGGAGGGAGGGGAGGGGAGGGGAGGGGAAAGGGAAAUGAUCGAGAGAGAAGGGCCAUGGGAAAAGCGACACCGAGUGGAGCAGCUACGAUCGAUGCUCGAUCCCCUGAUUCUCGAUCCUCGAUUCUCGAUCCUCGAUUCUCGAUCCUCGAUCCCCUGAUUCUCGAUCCUCGAUUCUCGAUCCUCGAUCCUCGAAUCUCAAGCCAAAUCCUUCCCAGCAGCCUCGAGCAUCGAUCGUGAUCGCUCGACCGAUUCCGACGCAGUCUCGAAGGCCGCCUAUUUUAAGAAAACGUUCCGUAGCUAACUUUGCUCGAUCGGAGCUCGUUACGAAGCAUCCGACUGCGCGCAAAAGCGAGGACGCGAGUGUGCUGCACGGACACGCGCUUACACUCGAGAUUUAUAUAUCUAUGCAUAUACGAUAACCGUACGUUUAAUAUGCCAAAUGUAUAGUAAUUGGGAAGCGAUCUCGUGACACGAGCCAGUAUUCGCGUGGAUCGACAUAUACAGCUCGUCGGGACUCGCCGAACGUUGGAAGCAACGUCCGUACAGACGGACUGAGAAAAUACCGUGGAUUUCUCGUAACGCGGUUCCACAUGUAGAUCGCAUCGAAACGCUGCAAAGCAAGACGAGACUGGUGGAAUUACAGCCGUUCGUAAAACGGACGAUCGAUUCGAGAAACGUUGCGCUUCCGAAAUGAAAAAAAAAAAGAAGAAAGGAGAUGAAAAAAAAGAAAAGGGAAAAAGAGAAGAACAAUGGCGAAUAAUCUUACGAAAGCGAAAGAGAUGUACAAAAUUCGCUUUGCGACUGUUCGUCGAUCGAGACAACGUCGACGUUCUAAAUCUCUACGGAACGAAAGAGAAACAAAAGUUGUUCGACUGGUGCGUACGCGUUAGCACGCAGAAGGGAGAACAAAACCGAUUGCUGUACUUUAUUAAGUGUAAUGAUUGCCUUCCUGCCAUAUUUGGGGUAUGCCAAGUAUAAAAAUUAUAAGGUUUAGAGAUUAGGGAACGAAAAAUUAAUGACGACACUACCGUGAAAUUCAUUGAAUUUGGAACAAGAGAAAAUGUGGAUAGACGCGCGAGCGCCGUGUGCCUGUGUUAACAUUGAAAGCGGACGAACGCGAGCAUUUGACUGAGCGAAUCGAACGUGUGAGCGUGAUACGUGCGAGUGAAUGUUUUUUUCGGAAAGAUCGUGCUAUUUUUCAAAAUUUUACAUGUUACGCGUACGACUUUUCGCGAGAACACCCUCGAUCCUCGACAAUCGAAGAACGACACGAGUCGAGUAGUCGUCGAAACGAACCGAUUCCUUUACGGAAUCGUUCGAAUUCUAGCCGGUCGAUCGCACGCUGUCAAGCCAAUUCAGCUCGGAAUUUCUUUCACAAAUGAUUCGCGUCUACUCCUCGAUCGUUCUAGCCACGAACCGCCGUUCAGAGAUUUCGUGCGACGUCUAAGUACGAGCGAGUUCGUAUCGAACCUAGUCAUCCUAGGAACAGAAAGAGGGGGAAGACAGAGAGAAAGUGAGAAAUGGACAGGAUGGGGAAGAAUGAGAGAGCGAAUGGAACGGAAGAGACAGAGAGAAAGAAAGGAGCGCGUGUGACAGAGAGAACGAAACUUUCUAAACAAGAAAAAAAGCAAAUUUUUUAAAGUUGGCACACUGGUUCUGGAGUGACUCUUUGUAAGUAUUAAAAAGUAAACAAAACAAAAAAAAAAAUUCGAAGUGGCCUUCUGUAAAAGGAAAAGACCAUCGCUUUUCGCUUUUGCUCGAAAAAAAAGAGAAUGGGGCGUAUAGGCUGUCCAUCGUGUUAUACGUUGUUUAGGCAACUUUUUGGAAAACGUUGUUCUCGCGCCACUCCCCUACGAAAGCUUUAAACGGUUCGUACGAAAGUUUCGGGAGGAAUCGAUUAGCAAGUUAAUUAUCGGCGAUUAGAAAAUUAAUUCGGGAAAACUCUAAAACGCGUUAUUCUUGAUACGACAGAUUUUUGGGUGAAAAUAUUCGAGCGCUCGGUCGACGAGAAAAAGUGCGAUCGGGCGCGUUUUAUUUUUCGUGAAAAUCGGAACGACGCGCGAGAGAGCGAUCGAUUCAGGGGAAAAAAAUGAAACGGAAAAAGAAAAGGAAAAGAGGAUCGCGAAUUUAAAAGAUUUUAUUACGAUUUAGGCUUAAUGUGUUCAACGAGAAGGUAAAUUUGAACGAAACCAGCGGCAGGGCGGAGCAAAAGGAAUUCGUGAGUCAAAGCGAGGAGAUGGGAUUGGAAGAAGAAAGGAAGAAAUAUAAUUCAAAGAGCCGCGAACGAAAUUGCGAGAAAGAAUUAGCCGAAAGACAGAGGGGUUAGGGAGAGAGUGUGCGAGAGAAAAGGAUGGGGCAUGUGAACAGGCGAGAAUGUGGAAAAGAUUAAAAUUAAUAUUGUAUAAAAAAAAAAGUAGCAAGUGCCUUCCAAACAAAAAAAAUUUAACGUGUCCCGUAGACCGUGACCACUUGUACGUGAUGAAAAGUCAUUCGAAAUUUCGCAUCACCAAAUGAAUCAUUUGCGACAGAAGUGGAAAAGAAAUGCAAAAGAGAAAAAAAAAGACGGAACAAAGAAAACCGGAAAACAAAGUACAGAUGAUAAAGAUACAAGGAAUUAUUUGUGGGGACGUUGCGUAAAAUAAACAUUUCUUCUUAGUACGUACAUAUUCUCUUCGUCUCGUCUCGAAGUCUUGGCGACGCUGCGCGAUUUCUGCGAAGAUUAAACAGCACGGUUAUAGUCGAGGAUAGAAUCAAAGGAGGAACUCGAAUAUUUUGCGAAAAUUUUUCAUUUUACUUUUAAACUGUACGAUCGAUCCGAUCUCGGCCGAUCCGUAUCGAUGCCGACCGAUGAAAUUGAUUCGGAUCGAAUCGGAUCGGUUCGGAUCGGGUCGGGUCGGAUCGGAUCGGAUCGGAAAUUUUUCAUGUCGAUUACGCAAUGUGUCUACGAAUCUUUUGUGUGCGUGUAGAGCGAAUGUACAGAAUCUACAAGCAAACCCGACAAAAUUUCUGUUUUGGAUCAACCCACCACCGGUAAUACCCUGAAUGGCAUAUUCUCGUAAACGUUUCUUUUCGAUUCGCUUGUACGAAAGAACGGAAAUGGAUGGUUAAACGGAGAGUGGGGAGCGGGGGGAUGGGGGGAGGGGAGAGCGUGUAACUGAAUUAUCAGAGGGAACGGAUAUUUCGAGAAUCUUUCGUUUACGCAUUUUGAUAUAUCUGUGAACAGAUGAAGAAAAACAAAGAUACUUAUAUUACAUACAUAAGGUAUAAGUGAAGAAAAAAAAUGCAUCUAAUACGCUAUUAUUGAUAUAGGACACAAAGUAAAGUAAAUAUAUAUGAGACAAAAAAAAAUAUAUAUA